CUGUAACAAAAUAUAAAACAAUCUUGAAUGUUAUUUUCUGAAAUUUUUUAAAAAUUAAUACUUUAACCACUGCAUUAGUUGAAAGAAUAACAAUGAUUCUCUCCUCAACAUUGGCAAGAAAGAGAUUAAAAGUUCUGUCUGGUGAUAUUCGCAAGUUUGUCACUGAAUGCCAUACUCACAGGGAAGGGUCCAUUAUCAGGAAUUCGAAUCCUUGAUUUAACAAGAAUUUUAGCAGGCCCAUUUUGUACAAUGGUAUUAGGAGAUUUAGGUGCAGAAGUAAUAAAAGUGGAAAAUCCUGGUGGUGGAGAUGAAACUAGAAAUUGGGGGCCCCCAUUUUUGAAGGGUGAAAGCGCUUAUUUCCUAUGCGUCAAUCGAAAUAAAAAGAGUAUUGCAAUAAAUAUGAAAGAGCAUGGUGGCAGAGAAUUGAUCAAAGAUCUCGCUUUAAAAAGUGAUGUCUUAGUAGAAAAUUUUAUUCCUGGGAAGCUUGAUAAAUUUGGACUUGGUUAUGAAGAACUGAAGUCAAGUGCCCCACAUUUAAUAUAUUGUUCCAUUACUGGUUAUGGAUCGAGUGGGCCCUGCAGCUCUGAAGCUGGGUUUGAUGUUAUUGCUGCUUCUGUUGGUGGCUUGUUGGGCAUUACAGGUCCAGAGAAUGGAGAACCAUGCAAAGUUGGAGUUGCUGUAACAGAUCUAUCUACUGGUCUGUACGCUCAUGGUGCGAUAAUGGCUGCUCUGAUUCAAAGAAUGAAGACUGGUCUGGGGCAAAAAAUAGAUUGUGAUCUUUUAUCAACUCAAGUAUCACUAUUGGCAAAUAUUGGAUCAAAUUAUCUUAAUGCAAACCAGGAAGCAAAAAGAUGGGGUACAGCACACGAAAGUAUUGUUCCUUACAAAGCUUUCAAAACCAAAGAUGGUUACAUUACUGUUGGUGCAGCUAGUAAUAAACAGUUCAAAACAUUAUGUCAGCUUUUGAAUGUUGAAAAUCUUGCUGAAGAUGUUAUGUUCUUAACUAAUAAAGAUAGAGUAAAAAACAGACAAGUCCUUGAAGCAGAACUUUCAUCUAUUUUUUGCUCAGAAACAACAGAUCAUUGGUUAUCAGUUUUUAAAGAAAGUGGCAUGCCGUAUGGCCCUGUAAAUACCAUGGAGGAAGUUUUUAAGCAUCCUCAAGUUUUGCACAACAAAAUGGUUGCAGAGAUGGUGCAUUCACACAUCGGAAAAAUCAGAGUAACAGGACCUGCUGUAAAAUACUCCACUGGCAGCAAUGAAGCUCGGAGUCCUCCACCUACUUUAGGUGAACAUACUAAUGAAGUCCUGUCUUCUAUUCUUCAGUAUUCAAAUGAGAAAAUCAAUCGAUUAAGAGCUUUGAAAGUUGUGAGCUAAAGAUAAUCAUAACAGGUUUACUUGUGAAGUGUAAAUGUUUGAGAAAUGACAGUGGUAUAAAAUACG